AUGAUGGUAUUGGCCUUCAUGUCUUUAGUAACUUAAUCACCGUAUUAGUACCUUUACUUGUUGUUUCGGCCUAUAAAAGCAGGAUGAAAUGGCUUAUUGGUCUUCUUGAAGCAAGUACUUCAAAGUUUGAUUAUGCCUGGAUGAUUUCAAGUUUCUCUGUAAUAGUUUCUCUUAUUGAUCAAUUAUUGAUUGUAAUAAGAGAAAGAAGAAAGGACCUAAAAGCUUUAGAGAACUUUAAUGAGAACAAUGAAGACGAAAUAAUUAGAUUUAAGUUAUCAAAUUUAAAAUGUAUUAAAUAUAUUUUAUAUUUUUAUAAUGUUGAUAAAAACUGGGAAGAAGAAGUGAAAGAAAAUAGAAAGAAGGAAUUAACUAGUGUAUUAAAAAAUCAACAAAAUAAUUAUGAUAAAUGCCAUAGAAUAACGAUUCAAGAAAACGGUGCACAAUCUUCAAGUUUUAAUAUAGAGGAAGGCGGUGCAAAUAAAAACGACAAUCCUUCAAAUAAUUCUGAAGUUUCAAACCUUUCUAAGCCGUGA